AUGGUGAAGUAUGAGAUACUCACGCAUCUGCCGUGCACGGCUCAGGAGUACAUAACGCUCAAGGACUCGCCAGAUUACAAGGACUUCCAGCUCGAGAUCGUCGGCGCGAGGGAGCACUCCAACACGCGAACGGUAGAGGGCGGGUGGGUGACGCAGGUCAUCAUAAACAAGCCUCAAAUAAAGUUUCCCGCCAUCCUGAAGCCGCUGCUGAGGGGUAAGGAGAUCGUGUUCACGGACCAGCGACGGUACCGCGAGCGUCAGGACACGCUCCCGUACGUCCAGACUCUCUCGACGAACAACAACAUCACCGACAGGGUCGCCAACGUGGCCACGAUAUCCAUCGAUAACGUCACGUUGAACGACGCAGGCGAGGUUGUGAGCCGCGGCGCGCCGGGCGACGAGACCUGCGAGGUGCGCUUCGAGGGCGAGGUCACCGUCCGGCUCGGCUGGCUCAGCAGGAAGUGCGAGGAGGCCAUCGUGCAGAACAUGCGAAACGCGUACGGGCGGUUCCCGGACGUCAUGCGCAGGUGGAAGGACCUUCAGGCGCUCAACGCGGAGGAGGAGCGGCUUUCGACCAUCGACUCGCUAGCGACGACGCCCAGGGCGGGGAGCACCAUCAGCGGCUUCCCGUCGUCCGCGAACGUGUCUCAGUACGAUGAUUCGAGCGCGAGGGUCAGCGACAACGACUCGAGGAGCCCGAUGAGACACAGGAGGCGCGAAGCGGUGCUGGACGACUCCAUCGAGCUGGGACCGAACCUGGAGGUGAAGUCGUGGUGGGACGCGCUCUCCCACAGGUUGCGAAGGAGGGCCGGGGCCAUAUCGAACGUGGUCGGGUCCAUCCACCUCAUGUCGUCGUGCGCGAACGCGGCGGUGGAGUUCACGUCCUCGGUCGGGUUCAGGCUCCAGGCGCUGACGGAGCACUACUCGGAGGGUGGGUUGGAUCUCGGCGGGGAGUCCGACGGCGAGGUGUUCCUGGGCCUGGGCAGCGGCACGGAGGUAUCGACGUCCACGGAGGCGUCGGAUAGCCCGCACAGCGUGCUGGAGGUGUCAGAGGGAUCGACACGGGCGAAAUCGCCGGGUCCCAUCGCGGAGCCCUUCGUUUUCAAAAGUGUAUACGACGACGACUGA